GAAUGGAGCACUCCGUCAUCCUAGAAACUGAGCCCUGGGGACUAGGACUUGAUGAAAUACUGCUUCCGGAGUACUUAGCUCCUCUGGGCUACACACGUCACAUCGUGGGCAAAUGGCACCUGGGGUUUUUUCAGAAAGAAUACACGCCCACGUACCGCGGAUUCCAGACCCACUUCGGCUACUGGUCCGGGAAGCACGACUACUGGUCACAUUUCUCUGAAAAAUACAUCUCAAACAAUUUUUUUAUGACUGGUCUUGACAUGCGGCUGAACAUGGAACCAGCUCACAACACAACCGGUCGUUAUACCACUGAUCUCCUGACAGAAGCAGCUACUUUGAUCAUUCACCAUCACAAGGUGGACGAAUCCCCGUUGUUCUUGUACUUGUCGCACUUGGCUGUUCAUUCAGCUAACAAGGAGCAACCCCUGCAAGCUCCCAAAGAAGUAGUGGACCAAUUUUCUCACAUAAAGGAUGAAAAACGUCGAACAUAUGCUGCCAUGGUUGCAAAAUUGGACGAAUCAGUUGGAAGGGUUGUAGAGGCCUUGGCGCAAAAGAACAUGCUUAACAACACAAUCCUGAUUUUUUCGACGGACAAUGGCGGAGCAGCUGCGGGAUUCAACUACAACGCUGGGUCCAACUGGCCUUUACGCGGGGUACGGCAG